CGAGCAUGUCGCGGCAAAUUAAUUUUAAUGCCGAGGAGGAGUAUGAGCGCAUUGAAUAUCCUGGUCGUGUGGAAAACACAGACCGUAUGAUUGCCACACUAGGUGGUAUUUCGAAUAUAUCCAAAGUGCUGGGAGAUGAAAAGAAGCGGCUGGAGCUGCGCUUCCAUCCUGACAAUCCGUAUAACAAGCCCGCAUUUGGCGAUUCCAUUGCAAAUACGGGCGUGUUGCUCUCGAUAUCGGUCAGACGACAUAAAAAGGAUAAAACGCGUCCUCCGCAAUACACUGUGCGAGUGCUCGGCUAUUGCAGCCGCAGCUUCACGUUUGAAACUCUCUGCGAUUUCCAGUAUUUGCCCUUGUAUUCCACGCCGAGAAGCGAUGACGCCAAUGCUGCUGAAGAGAUAAAAUAUGCACUGGAGCAAGUGCUGCCGCGUAAUGCCGCUGAUUUAGAUUACUUCAAGCGCGAGGAGACUCCACUUAUUGCCCUGCCGGAACUUUUCGCACGCGUGGACACAGUUUAUGGACACACCUACCGCUUUGAUAGAUCCGAGGACGGUCAGCAUGAGGUACUGGGCCUGGUCACAAAAUCCACUUACGAUCCACGCGAUGCUGUCUACUUCAACAUGGUGGACGCCUUUCCCACUGACCCGGAUACGGAGGUUGUCAAGCGUUUGAAGAUCAAAUAUGUGUCCGAUGAGCAAUACGCACGUGUGAAGAAACUCUUCGACGAGUGUCCGAUUUGGACGCGUUAUGCGCUGCUUUAUGAGUCGGAUGUGAGCCAUGAUAAGCUCAAAUGUAUUAUACCGUCGUUGGCCUUUUACUUCAACAACGGACCCUGGCGGGCAAUGUAUGUGCGUUUUGGCUACGAUCCUCGCAAGGAUUUCAAGAGCCGGUACUAUCAGACUUUUGAUUUUCGCCUGCGUUUCGGCUUUGGCGUCUCGGAGUUUGUCUACUCGCGAAGGCAGCGGCAGGCGGCAGCAGGUGCCGAGGAGGAGCAAUCCAACGAUCUCGUGCAGGACAUCAAUUAUCCCUAUUUUGAUGAGCACAAAUUGCCACGUUCCAGGCAAUGUGUGUUGCGGUAUUGUGAUGUGCACCUGCAAAAGAUCCAAGACAUGCUAGAGAAGAUUCCCACACCGCUGACCGGCGCCAUAUGCAAUGAACGCACUGGUUGGCUGCCACCCAAUUUCGACUCAUUGGCGCGUGAAAUCGUCUGCGCCACCAUUAGUGAAAUCCUACGCAAUCAUUAUCGCAAGGAACACUUGGCUUCCGAGGUGGCCGCUGAGGCAGUGCCACAAGCCGAGGGCGAGGAAUACGAUGGCGAAGAUGAGGAGCUCAUCGAGGAGGACAUGGAAGUGGACGAAGACGAGUUGCAAACGAGCUCCGCAACCGAAAAUUUUACAGAUAAAAACAUCGAACAGCUACUCAGCAAUAUCACAAGUUAAUGCACAAAAUCAUACCUCACCUUAAAAAUGUUGAAUGCAUUUUAUAAAUUGUGAUAAAAGAUUACUUUUGGUUCGAUAUCUGUAAUGUCGACAGAUUUAAGUUCGCUCAACGUUGAAGGUCUCCUGUACAAAGCCGUUUUAAAUAAUAGCUUUAGUUUAUUUUUAAUUACUCUGGAUUGUUCAAAUGAAACUCUUAUAAUUCAUGUUCUAUUUUUGUUUUAGAAUUAUUCAUGGUCUAUUUAUGUUUUGGAAUUAACGUUCAGCAAAAAGAGCGAUUGUUUAAGCUUGCUUAAACAUUAAAAAUUUCUUAAAACAAGUUCUUUACAGCAAUCUCAGCUUUGGAACAUAACUAAAUGCAUUAAAUUUUUGUUCAAUUUU